AUGUGCACUUCAGCCUCCACCCCCAACUCGUCUGCACGUGAUCCCGUCGAGUCCAAUGAGAGGACAAAUCCUUAUGCUAGUUUGUUGCGCCCCACUCACCAACACUCAUAUUCCCAUCGAAAUCAGAGCCUCUCCCAUCAACCGCAUAAUGUAUCAAGGCGAUCUCGUCACCGACAACGUCGAGUUGCCCCCGACUCGGAUCGCAGACUAGCCGGGCUGUCUACUGAACCCCUUGCGGCUUUUGACGAGUUGGUAGAUGAUGAAUUCAAGUCAGCUCCACCACACUCUGGCCUGCACUCAACGUAUUCUGUGGAGUCAGCCACGAAUAAUGAUCGCGAUCUGAGUUUGAAUCACUCUGGCUCCAAGGUCAAUGCUUAUUUCGGCUCGGGCAGCUUGUUAUUCAAGCGUUCAACAGAAAAUCUAAGCAUUGGUCACUCUUUAGCCCGAUCCACAUGGUCAGUCCGUCAGUCUUCACCUGUUCUAUCAUCAACCUCUUGCUCUUUGCCCGCUCCUGUUGGUCGUGGCAGCAAUCGGAGGGUACCAAGGAAUUUAGCCAAUCAACACAGGCGUCGACCGUUUGGGUUAAUUAGCGCGUCCGAUAGACGAAUUCGGGGCCUGAUCAAUGGACGGGGACACCGAAGCGAGAAAAGUUUGCAUCCACUGGAAUUCGCCUCUCAAGGCUCAUUGCAACCACUUAAUGCCCAGGAUCUCAAACAGCAGACUUCUGAUCUUCUUGAAAUGGUGAUUUAA